AUGGCCGAUACAGAAGAUGCUGGCUCAACUUCCGUCUCUGAGCCCUUGGAUCUGGUGCGCCUGUCGCUCGAUGAAAUUGUCUUCGUGAAGCUGCGGGGAGAUCGUGAACUCAAGGGUCGCCUACAUGCCUAUGACAGUCACUGUAACCUUGUCCUUGGUGAUGUGGAGGAGACCAUUUACGUGGUUGAGGAGGAUGAGAAUGAACAAGAGACAAUCCGGACAAUCAAGAAACAGGAGGAAAUGUUGUUUGUGCGAGGUGAUUCUGUCGUCUUGAUCUCCCCCCAGGCCUAA